GGAAGGCGGCUCAAGGAGCCCUAACUUUAAUAGACGCCACCUCCGCCAGCCGGGCAACCCCCUGAGCGAGGCUGCCCAAAACCCUAACUCUGUUCAAAGAAGCAGCUAUAGUUCAGGACUUGAAAACAGCGAGAGAUCAGAUGUCGUACGACGACGUAGAGAUUGAGGACAUGGAAUGGAAUAAGGAGCUCCAGGCCUUCACGUAUCCCUGCCCCUGCGGAGACCUCUUCCAGAUCACCAGGGAAGAACUCCGUCUGGGCGAAGAGAUCGCUCGGUGCCCUAGCUGUUCUCUUUACAUCACCGUCAUCUAUAAUACGGAAGAUUUCGCUGAUUCCAAUCGCAAGAAUAAGAAUAUCGAACCUCCCAAGCGACAGCCGGUUGCCGUCGCUUGAAAAUCUCCCGGGGAGCGAAUUUUGAUUCCUUUUCUUUUUUUUCCCUAAGAUUUUUGUCAUUUUCCUAUUGGCCUAUAUAUAUUUAUUGUAGCUUGAUGGUGAGAAUUGGUUUUAUUGUCUGAUGAGUGUAUUUUUACGGAUAUCAAUUGAAAUAGAAUUAUUUUCGAGUUUGUGAUUU